AUGUCCGCCGCAAAGGAGUUCGACGCGGCAAACGCAAAAAAGGUCGCCGUUGUGGCCUGCAUGGACGCGAGGCUUGAUCCCGCUCAAGCCCUCGGCCUCGAAGAAGGCGACGCCCACGUUAUCCGCAACACCGGCGGCCGGGCAAGCGAUGCACUCCGGAGCAUCAUCAUCUCGCAGCAGCUGCUCGGGACGCGCGAGAUAGUCGUCGUGCAUCGUACCGAUUGUGGGAUGCUCACGUUCACUGACGUUGCCAUUCGGGGUAAGGUCCGGAUUGAACUCGGCCAGAACGCGGACCAUAUUGCUUUCAUGCCGUUCUCGGACCUCAGGCAGAGUGUUGUUGAGGAUAUCUACGCGCUCAAGGAGAGUCCGUUGGUGCUGGAUGUGCCGUUUACGGGGUAUAUGUAUGAGGAUAAGUCGGGGAGGAUUGUGAGGGUUGAGUAG